UUAUUUCAAUAUCUUACCCAACUUACAUAUCCUCCAAACCUUACACAUUCACAACAACUCGCAAUUCAGAAACAGGCACAACAUUAUUUCGUACAAAACCAACAACUUUAUAGACGUAAUCGCAAACAAACCGCUCAACCAUUACUCGUAGUAAAAUCAAAUGAAAUCGAAC